AUGAAGCUACAACUUUUGAUGGUUAAUGUUUUGCAGUAUUUGGUACUAACGAAUCAAAAAGAAGAGGAAAAAUGGGUAAACAAUGGGACUUUCUCAAUUUGUGUUAUUCUCAGUAACAAUUCUACAUUUGUGUAUGAGGAUGAGCCGUAUGCUCCUUGCAGUGUUGCGGUGCCUGGAUUUAAUAGCCUGGGCCUGAUGAUCACCUACAUAGUCGUGUUCGUCCUCAGCCUGGUAGGCAACAGCGUGGUCGUCUAUGUGGUUUGCUGCAUGAAGAAAGGUAGAGGUAGCACAGAUAUCUACCUGAUGCAUCUGGCGGUGGCGGACCUUCUCUUCUGCCUGACCCUCCCGUUCUGGGCCGUCAAUGCUAAUUCCGGUUGGAUCUUCGGCAACUUCCUGUGCAAACUCCUGUCUGGCUUUCAGGAGGCCUCGGUAUACAGUGGUGUGUUCUUGUUGGCAUGCAUCAGUGUGGACCGCCACUUCGCCAUCGUGAGAGCUACGCGUGUCCGGCCCUCCCAGCGCGUGUUGGUAAAAGUGGUGUGCGCUGUGGUGUGGCUGGUAGCCAGUAUGCUGUCCUUACCUGUAGCUAUUCAGAAGGAGAGCAUGAGUGCCGAAGACCUGGGCCAGAACAUUUGCUAUGAAAACCUAACUGGCAAAAGCAGCGACCGCUGGCGCGUCACCUUGCGUGUUCUGCGCCACACAGUGGGCUUUUUCCUGCCACUGGUGGUGAUGGCCUUCUGCUACGGCUGGAUUGUGGUGACGCUGUGUCACGCGCGCAAUCAACAAAAGCAUAAGGCCAUACGGGUCAUCCUGGCGGUGGUGAUAGCUUUCAUUCUGUGCUGGCUGCCUUAUAAUAUCACCAUACUGAUUGACACACUCAUACGAGGCGAAACACUUGCGGAGACGUGUGAAACACGCUACAUAGUGUCAGUGAUGCUUGAUGUGACCCAAGUGUUGGCCUUCAUGCACUGUGCAGUGAAUCCAGUGUUGUAUGCCUUCAUUGGCGAGAAGUUCCGUAACCAGCUGCUCUCAGCUCUUUACAGACACGGGCUCAUCAGCAAGCGGCUCCUGGUGGCUUACAGGAAGGGCUCAGUCAGCAGUGUAGGGAGCAUCCGAUCUAGAAACACCUCGACCAUGUAAAUAAAAUUAACAGCCACUAAAGACAAAAAAAUCCACCUCUGAAGGUCACUAAUUUACAUGUUAUAUCUCGUUUGGUAAUUGCGUACAAAAAAAAGUGUUAAAAAUGUCAAUUCGCUGUUUUACAGGGGUUUAUGUACCAAAGCAGGCCGUGAGCAGUAACAUUCUUUCACUUUAGAGUGGCUGGUAGAUUUUGUUACCAUUAGACCAAGCCAAUGCUAGCUGUUUCCCCCUUCUUCCUGUCUUUAUGCUAAGCUAAUCUACCCUUGCUGUUAGCUGUAGCCUUACUGAAUAAUAAGAGCUUAUAGUGGUUAACUUGAGGAGUGUUGGCUUCCCCAACAAUGCCAUUGGUAUCAAAUGUAACUGCCGUAUGAGAGCAGCGCAUAGUGGCGGCCAUCAGCUGACCAGUAGGGCGCACGCACAUGCACUAACAUGCACUAAACACAUGCAUGACUGGCCCCUGUCCAUGUCAACAUAGCAAAGAGAAGCUUCGAUUUCAACCCACACAGAGGAAGAGUGACUCCAUUCUCUGUUCAGGUAGACAUUACUCCACUAUAUCUUUACAUAGCAAAGAGUUGUUUGCUGCAAUAACAAUGCUUUGAAUCCUGUAUAUCACACCUUUAAAAUUGGAAAGUCAGUGCAAAGCUUCAACUGCAUGUCUGCUUAAGUAGCCUGUGUCAAUCCAAAUGCAUACCCUUUAAAAAACAUAAUAAUAAGCAUAAUAAUUAAUAAUAAUAAUGAUUAUAAUAUAGUUACAUAUUUUCUGGCCUUGAUGCCGAGUAAUUUAACCUUGUUUAAGUUAUAAAUAUUGGGUCCAAUAACAGCCUCUAAAGUAUAAAUCAGUUGUCAAAGGCAGAAAACAUGUCACGCCAUCUAAGUAAUUAGAGGGUGGGCCAUACUUAUUCAACUUUGGAAACUGUUACAUUCAAUGUACUUCCCUUGUGUUUUUGAUUCUGAGACAUUGGUGACAUUUUAUUACCUUUUCAUUUGAACACUCUGAACUGUUUUUGUAUUUUUGUCAUCAUCAGGUAUCUUAAUCUUUCAAACAGGAAGAGGUGGUUAAAUCAGCUUUCUUUUUUCUCAAAAACAAGGUAUCAUCUGUCUCUUUGAUGAAUGCUUUUCGUUUUGUCUGUGCAAACUGCUGGUGCAGGAAAAAUUUCAUUGGAUUUUUUUAUAAUCAAUGCUGUAAUCUCAAAAUGCUGUAUUUUUUCAAGGUCCAGUAACUUUUUUUCUUGCAUACAUAAGAAAUGCUUUUUCACAAUGUGUACUUUGAUCAUAUGAAUGUUUGUGCAUGUGCAGGUAGAACAUGUACAUGGUGCACAUAUCUGCAUAUCUGUAUCUGAGUGGGUGGCCCUCUGGCUAAUCUAAAGAUCAAGAAGUCUUUGUAAGAAAUUGAGCAGGUGCCAUGAUUGCAAAACAAAUUACAUGGAAGGGAUGUUCUCACAUUGUCUAUUCAUAAGAACUAUUAUGGUAUUAUCUCAGCUGUUUCUGCAAAAUUCAUAUAUACUCUUCUUUCUAAUAGUUCUAAAACUUAAUUGUUCCAAUAGUAACAAUUCUUUUAAAUGUUUGUCUGAAAUGCAGUUUCUAAGAUAUAUAACAUGUAUGUGUCGUGUACCUAUAUUCCCAUUUAUCUAGUAUACAGUACAUAGCUUUUAUAAAAAUGGCAUGAUGAAAAAAAUAAGGAGUACUGGUGAAAUGUGUACCUAUACUUGGAAUAUAAUAAAU